GCCGCAGCCGGCUGGGGAGGGCAGAGGAGCGGCCGGCCCUGCCGAGGCUGCGGGGGACCCGCGGGGACGCUGCGACAGAAGAUGAUGUGAAUGAGCUGUAAGAAUCAGAUGAGAUGGAUGAAGAGCUGCCCUGUGCUGAGGCGGAUGGAGAAGUGUACUUUGCCAUGGAGGAUCUGGGAGGAGAGAAGCCCUGUGAAGAGAGCAAUGAUGAUGUGUCCUGUACUGAGAGUGAUGCGGCAGGAGACAUGCCCUAUACCGAGAGCAAUGCAUCAGGAGACAUGCCCUGUACCGAGAGCAAUGCACCAGGAGACAUACCCUGUACUGAGACCAACCUCAAAGAAGAGGCACCUCGUGCUGAGAGCAGUGUGGAAGGAGAGAUGCCUGGCACUGAUGGCAACGGGGAAGGGGAAAUGCCCUGUGCCGAAAGUGACGCCAAAGGAGAGGGAUCUUUCUAUGAGACUGAGGAGGAAGAAGAACCAGCUACUGAAAUCCCUGCUGCUUCCAAAAGAAUGUAUUCCAUUUCUUCUCCCUUGCGGGCAAUCAUCCGCCUGCGCCGGCGGUACCGCGGGCAAAAGAAGAGCCGGCUGCAUUUAGAGCUGCCCCGAGAGAAGCCCUCCGAGCUCGUUCAUACGAGGCUGCUUCAGAGGCAGCUUUCCCUGAACAGAACUGGCCUGUACGGCCCUUCCAUGUCCCUCUUUAACCAGAGCAGCUUUGAAAGUUCCCAGUACUUCACCUUUGACACGUCUGUGGAGCAGUACGCUAUGAAAAAAUGCAGGUGGAAAAAGAACCGGAGGAAAUCCAGGGUAGUGCUGUACCCAGAUAAAACCAAGAGAUACCUGCCAGCGGAGGAGAAGAGCAAGGCAAAACGCUGCCUCCUCUUGCUCAUUGUCAUUAUCUUCUUCCAGAUUCUCAAUGCAAUAGAGAACCUGGAUGAUAACCUCCAAAAAUAUGACCUAGAUGGUUUGGAGAAAACCAUGCACCGGGAAGUGUUUGGGCAGAAGGUUGCUGUGGAAAGCAUUAUGGAAUUGCUGAAAGACUACCUGGCUACCCACAUACACAACAAGCCUCUAGUCAUCUCUUUAAAUGGCCCAACAGGAGUUGGGAAGAGUCAUGUUGGCUGGCUGCUGGCCAAACAUUUUCGUUCCAUCAUGGACAAUGACUUUGUGCUUCAGUACUUUGUUAUGCAUCACUGUCCCAGCGGCAUGGCCCCGCUUACAUGUGAAAUAGAUUUGUCUAAGAAGAUCUCUGACAUGGUCACAAGAGCCGAAAUAGAGGAGAAGAUCCCAUUGUUUAUUCUGGAUGAGGUUGAACUCAUGUCUCCAGUCCUGCUGGAUACUCUCAGCCGAUUCUUUGAGCCCAAUCAAACCAAUGAGUUCCUCAAUGCCAUCUACAUUUUAAUAAGCAACAUAGGAGGUGGUGAAAUAACCAAGUUUGUUAUCCAGAAUUCAUCUGCUGAGAUCCUGCGUCAGCAGAGGGGAGUUGAAGAACUGCUGAGCAUCGUCCAGCCUGUACUGAUCGAUGCCCACCCUCUCUGGAAGUCUGCAGAUAUCAUCCCAUUUGUCCUCCUGGAGAAGACUCAUGUCAUAAACUGCUUCCUAGAGGAGAUGAGGAGGGAAGGGCUGUAUCCCGACCAGAAACAUGUUGAAAACUUAGCUAGUCAGCUCAGUUACUACACUACUGAGGAUAAGCAGUACUCCAGGAUGGGCUGCAAGCAGGUUGUGGCCAAAGUCAACCUGUUGUAGUGCUUUACUGCAGGGACCAAGUCCUGCUGUUGGGAUUUGCAAAGUUCUGGCCUUCUGGAGGAGUGCAUUGCAGCAGGCUGUGGUCAAGGUGUCCUCCUCAGCCCCUCACUGCCCUUGUCCUGGUCCAGCUAGAGGGAUGGCAGCCUUGUGGUCUCCGUUCUCCAGAUGCUUCACUUGUUCCUAAUGUUCUGUGAAUAAGGCCUGGGCUACGAAGCCCAAGCAACCUCCCAUUAACUGCGAGAUGCUUUGUUCCUCACAUGCUCAUUUGGGAUACUUGUCAUUAAGGAGUUGUGAGAUGAGAAGAGACGCUGUGAGGAGGAGGAAAUAGUAACUGGGUUACUGUCCCUGCAGUACACGUAACCAUCUCUCACUCCUGCAGGCUCACAGUCUUCAGCUCUUCGUUUUUCUUGGUCCUGGCUGGUGAUGUGCAGAGCAGAGGCAGUGCUGGGUGCCUGGGAGAAUUAAGAGGAUCAUAGAAUCACAGAAUCCCAGCCUGGUUUGUGCUGGAAGGGACCUUAAAGCUCAUCCAGCUGCGACCCCUGCCAUGGGCAGGGACCCCUUCCACUAGAGCAGCUUGCUCCAAGCCCCUGUGUCCAACCUGGCCUUGAACACUGCCAGGGAUGGGGCAGCCACAGCUUCUCUGGGCACCCUGUGCCAGCGCCUCAGCACCCUCCCAGGGAAGAGCUUCUGCCUAAGAGCUCAUCUCAGUCUCCCCUCGGGCAGGUUAAAGCCAUUCCCCUUGGCCUGUCCCUACAGGCCCUUGUAAUUGUGUAAAAGAGCAAAAAGGAUUUGUGGCUCCUCAUUCCCAAUUGCAGGGCAGUCAGAGCUCUGCUCCCUCCAGCUCCUACAUCACCACAUGCUCCAGAGAAUCCUUUUUGGAUCUGUUCCUGAGCUAUUGCUCUUCUGAGCUCAUACCUGAGCUCACCUUUGGCACCUCCAGUGAGAUUUGUGCCCUGCGAGUCUGUCUGGGCUCGUCUCGAAGGCUGCAGCCAUAACCACGGCAUUGUUUCAGCGAUGCUGGUGGGGGCUCAUCCCCAGAGCUCUUCUGCUUUUGCUCCUGGGUACCCUUCACCACCCCAUUACCCAGGAAGCCCAAAAUAGCAACUGACAUGUAUUAAGCAACACACACUGGAAAAGACAGUUGGGGCUGUCUGGGCCAAGUGCAGUGGGAAUCCUGGGCUCGUUCCCACUUGUGCGAAGCCAAGAAGAGGUUCUUUGCCAUUGAGACCUGGGGAAGCGCCUCAGGAAAAGCACAUGUGCUUGUUCUGUGCAGGCCAACCGAGCAGGUAUUUAUGACAUUGCCUUUUCAGGGUUUGGGUUUUGGCCUAAACCCCCUUCUACAAUUUGCUGUGAAUUAUCCUCUACGUAGUCCUGCGGAUGUUUGCACUGGUGGUUUGAUUUGCCGCUUUGUAAUGUGGGCUCCAGAGACUUCCAUCACAAACUCCUGCUUCCAGAGCUAUUGUCAGGAAUGAAUCCAAACGGUCCCAAAUAAAAUCAUUUGAAGUACAUUUCCUUUA